UCCUCUGUGCAAUCAGGACUGAGAGAGGACAAGCAAGGGGGAGUGUGCACAAGUUUGCAGGUCUGAGAGUGUGAGAAAGCUUUGGAGAGACAGAGGGAGACAGAGGAGAGAGCUUCAGCCUGGCUUUUCUCUGCUGCGUCUGGAGAGAGAGGCGUGUCCACGGACCAGUAUAAAGUCCAAAGAGAGCAGCUCGCAUUGAGACAUUCUCAGAAGACGGUCCUUCGUGUUGCACACUGACCAGUGGAGGAAACUGUGGCGAUUCCGUUUUUGAUGACCAGCUUUGCAUUUGGACACUUGUUGACUAGGUAUUUUUUGGCGUUUCCUCAAAAGGUGGAUGACACUCACCUGAAGAAAUCACUUGUAUAUCUGUCAAUCUCAACAAAAAAUAAUUUUUUUAAUCACCAGAACAUUCUCUAGCUGAUAAAAGACAGGUUCCAGUUUCUGCACUGUGAAAUUGAACCAGAGGAACAGAGCGGUAAUACAGUCGAGGCAUUGUGUUCUUGCAGUCGAAACACUAACCGGCUGACAUAUCAAAAGAUUCCUGGACAAAGUGUUCCUUUGAAACCUUCUUUGUCUGUCUAAAGUCUGCUGUUAGAAAGGAAAGUCAUCAAAAAGCAAGAGAAGGGAGGGGUGAACCUGAGAGGAUCCUUGACAAAGGGCAAAGGACUACGUGCAGGUGUCUGAGCUGUCAUGGUGCGAGGACGUGGCGUGGCUUCAACCUGCUGGGGCCUGUGGACAUUCGGUGUACUGUCACUGGCGGCACUGUGCUUAUCGGACCAGGCCAUCCGCUGUCCAGUGUGCUCCGAAGAGAGGCUGGCCAGCUGCCGUCUGCCCGAGGGUUGCGAAGAAACGGUGCGCGAGCCUGGCUGCGGUUGCUGCCCCACCUGUGCUCUUCCUAAAGGGGCACACUGUGGUGUGUACUCGCCCCGAUGUGGCACUGGCCUCCGAUGCUACCCACCACGGGGUGUGGAGAGGCCGCUGCACUCCCUGAUGCAUGGCCAGGGCAUCUGUACAGACGAGAGGGAAGUGGAGGAGAACUCAGUGGACAGACAGGAGGAGAUCAUCCCUGAACACCCGAAUAACAGCAAUAUCCGGUGCAGUCCGCAGGACAAGCGCUGCAUCCAGAAGACCAUGGCACGACACCCUCUGAAAACCACAAAUCUGAGAAGCAACAGCGCCAGAGAGGAGACCAAGCCAGUGCUGGCGCCCUGCCGUGCUGAGCUGCAAAGAGCUCUGGACAGAUUGGCAUCCAACAGCCGCACCCAUGAUGACCUCUUCACUAUUCCCAUCCCCAACUGUGACAAGAAUGGAGAUUUCCACCCAAAACAGUGCCAUCCCGCACGUGACGGCCAUCGGGGAAAGUGCUGGUGUGUGGAUCCCAAGACAGGCAUGAGGCUGCCAGGACCCCUGGAGCUGCGGGGGGAUCUGGACUGCCACCAGUUAAUGACUGCGACCCUAAGGGACUGAGGGGGGCAGAAAAGGGACAGUUUGGGUUUGGUGAACCAGCUGAAUUUACUGGUGCUUUUAGUAGAACCAUAUGACUAAAGGACUUUAUACUUCAGCCGAGCUCUACCAAAGGCAAACAGUUGUGGAGUUUGUGCAAAGAAAAGGAAACCAUUACAUUGAAUUAUUUUACUAUUAUGUUUCUGUAUGUGAGAGUAAGUGAUUUGAGUCUUUUGAGCACUUGUCUUGUUUUGUUCCUACCAUGUGAAAUUAAGACAGAUUGUCUUUAAACGUGUGCGCUUUAAAGUAUCAGGUGGUAGAAAAACAAAACACGCUUCUUCAGAAAGGGGCUGUACAUGUGAUUUAUGUAAGAGAAGACGCUAACCUUUUCUGUGUAAUCCUCUUAAAAAGUGGCAAAAAGCAUUUAGUCCACUGUAGUAUAGCUGAUGAAAAACAGAAACUGAUCAUGUUUUCUUCUUAGUGUAGCACCAGAUUGGUUGGAAUUACUGAAUCAAGACCAUCCAGAAAUAUUUGCUUAUGCAGUAAUUAUUGUUUUUGCAUCUCAUAUUCUCUAUGUAAAAAAAAAAAAAAAGGAAAAAAAAAAAAAAAAAAAAAAAAAAAAACGUAACUGAGUGACAGCAUUAAAGUAGCAAAGAUUUAUGGGAUGGGAACAACAGAUUCUAUGAAAUGAGAUGAAAGGGCUGCAAAAAACUGCAAAACCCUUGUGAACUAACAAAUAAA